AUGGAGAGAGAGUAACGAGAGCGAGAGAGGAGGAGAGGAAGAGAGUAUGGAGUGGGAGAAGCAAGAACAACACCACCACCACCACCACCACCGCCGCCACCACCACCAACAACAAGAAGAACUGGAGCAGAAUGCAAAUGUAAGUGGAAACGGAAACGGAAAUGGGGGUGUAUUGUACAUGAAGGUGAUGACAGACGCCCAAAUGGAAAUUCUGAGGAAGCAGAUAUCUGUGUAUGCCACCAUAUGUGAACAGCUCGUUGAGAUGCAUAAAUCACUCACUUCUCACCAAGAUCUUGCAGGAGUCAGACUGGGAAAUCUAUAUUGUGACCCAUUAAUGACAUCUACUGGUCACAAAAUUACUGCCAGACAGCGGUGGACACCGACACCAGUGCAGCUUCAAAUUCUUGAGCGUAUUUUUGAUCAAGGAUAUGGCACUCCAAGCAAGCAGAAGAUCAAAGAGAUAACCUCUGAUUUGAGCCAGCAUGGCCAAAUUUCUGAAACAAAUGUCUAUAAUUGGUUCCAGAAUAGGCGUGCACGAUCAAAAAGGAAGCAAUUGGUUACAGCACCUAACAAUGCUGACUCAGAAGUGGAGACAGAAGUUGAGUCACCUAAGGAUAAGAAAACAAAGUCUGAGAAUUUCCUCCCCCAACAGAACUCAGCUUCAAGGCCUGAGGAUCUCUGCUUUCAGAACCCCGAGCUAGGCUCCAGAUUGCAUUUCUUAGACCAACAGACCCAUAAAGAAGAAGCUAUAUUUCCAUCAGAAGGAGGAAUAAAACCUUCUGGAAAUCUGAGCCCAGUAGCUUUCUAUGCAGGAAAUGAUCACCAAAUUGGGAAGAUGGAAGUUCCAGGGAGCUAUAAUCCAUAUCAGCAGACAGAAGACUACAGCAUGUCAGGAUGACCCUCCUUUUGUCCAUCAUUGAUAUUUUAGUUCUAACUUCUAAGUCAUGUCAGUGAUCAGGGGGCUUUCCCAAUCUCAGAUUGAGGCUGUUGGGCUGGGCUAGUAGAUAUUGGAGUAAAGCACUAGCGUCUAAUCAUGGAAAUAUAUACUGCACCUGAUUGAGGACAGUUGUACACUUUGUAUGUUGAUGAUAACGAUGAACUGGCUUUCUGGCUAGACAAUGGAGCACACCCACAUUAUUUUGGAUAGUUCUCAUGUUUCGCAGACUCCUCAUCAGCUUGUUACAUUUUGCCUUUGGUUGAAAAAGAAUGGUCUCUAGAUUCUGAUAGUUCUCAUGUUUCGCAGACUCCUCACCCACAUUAUUGUUGAAGUUGCUUUUGUUUUCAUUACAAAUUUUUGAUCUUGCUCCUUCUGUAUAUGUUAAUUUUGGCCUAGUCUGGUAGAUGAUGGUGGUUGGGCCGUUGCUGACUUUUCAAGGGAAAUGUGGGGCCUGCUGCCAACAAGUCAAAGGCAGCAAAUUUCAUCAAUUUAUGGAAUGACCAGAGAUUUUUGGA